UUCAGUCGAGUCACUUCAACCAGUGUUGGAUGUGUUACUCCGCGGGAAGCUGCAACUCGUCGUUGAAUAAGUGAAAAUUUCUUGGACUUUGUCGCGUCCGGCAGAACGUCCGUGAGCUCGCCGCGUUUAAAGCCCGCUCGGCAAGAUGGCCUCCCGAAGUCCAAAUGACUUUUGCCGAAUAUGUGGAGGUGCUCUUCAGGGAAAUCAAAGACGCUGGCUGUUUGGGGGCCAGCACAAGAAGGCAGGUCAGCCUCAGACCCCCACAAGGUCCCUGCGAGGAGGAAGCCUGUCCGGGUCCUCGCCAAGCAGCCCGUGGGGCAGCAUGUCAUCCCUCGGCUCCUCCUCGUCCCUCUCCAAGUCCCAGUUGUCCCUCAACUCCCCCUCCAAAAACAUGGAUCUGAUGGCAGUUCUGACCCACAUCCUGGGCCAGUCUGUGGUGCGCGGCGGCGGGCGGGGAGAGUUUGUGUGCGGCAAGUGCAUGUGCGUCCUGGAGCGGGUAUUCAAGUUUGACUCGGUCAUUGCCAGGGUGAGGGUGCUGUCGUCCGAGCGUCUUCACAAGCUGACACAGGAGCGUGAUCGUAUCCGACGCUGGGUGCGCCAGAACUACACCCAGAGGCACCCACAGGAUGUGCCGAGCGAGGAGGACGGCGAGGCGGAGAAGGAGGGCUACCGGGAGAUGCUGAAAGAGAAUAUGGCUCUGUCCGAAUAUGAGUGCUGGUCAGAGAAGUGGGACACGUGUCCGUAUUUUAUCCGAACAGGGAAAAGAUGCAAGAAGGGUCAAAACUGCGAAGGCUGCGACUCUUUGCGGGUGUCUGACUCGGAUUACGAGUCCGUGUGUGGCGUUCCUCGCCACAUACCUUUCCAGCUGUUCUCUCCACUGGCCUUGUCCCGGGAUAAAUCCCACAGCAUGCCCCUCCACUGGCAGAGGAUCCCAUCUGUUUGCUCCAGUCCCGCCUCCCUGGCGGCGUCCACCUUUUCCCUGAGGGCGCCCUCCCGCACCGAGUCCAUCCAUUCUCUGGACUCCCUGGACGGCUUCAACCCGUUUGAUUCGCCGGGCGAUCACUCAGUCAGCUGUGUUCUGAGGGCGCUGAGGUGCAUGGAAGGAAGGCCUGUCAGUUCACCAUCCGGGAGCAGGAUUCCAGUGCUGGCCAGGAAGAACAAGAGGCGGCGGUCCAGUGAGGUGGCUUCUCCCACUGUGAGCGGGAUCUCGAGCUUCGGCGAUGUGGAGAACGGAGAGCAUGAGGACGUUCUGAUGGAGCUGAAGGACGAGUUCCUGCCUCUUCAUCAGCAGAGCGACACUCGCCGUGUCCAGCAGGUUGUCAGGCACCUGCGAGGGCAGCUGGACCAGGCUGAGGCCCGCGUCAGGAGCCUGGAGUCUGCGCUGAAACCGAGCUCGACGAAGGUCAACGAGGAUGCAACGCAUUUUCUGCCGGAGGAAAAUUGCACCUCCCUGCUGCCUCGCCUGGCUCGCUCCCUGCACAGCCGCGAUCGUCUGAUCCAGGAGUGCAUGGCUGUGAUCAGAAGAGUGUGUGUGGAGGGAGAAGGAAGAGGAGGGGUCACACUCGCUGAGGAAAUCAUCAACAAACUGAGAGAGAACCUGAAAGAAAUCCUCAGUGACGAGAAGGUUGCCAUGAAAAGUUUGGCGUCUGAAUCGGCUGAGAAAGAAAAGCGUCUGGAGGAAGAGGUUUCUUCGCUAAGGAAAGCCGCAGGAGACCGCGAAAGAGACCUGGACACACUAAACACAGUGCUGCAGGGCAACCAGGACGUUAUUAACGGUCUUCGGGUGGCUCUGAAUGAGAAGGAGCAUCACCUGCAGGAGGUGGAGAAAGAGAGGGAGGUGUGGAGGCAGCGGGACAGGGCACUUGCUGCCACCAUGCAGGAGAAGGAAGAGCUCAUACACGUCCUCAAGGUGGAGCUAGAGAGCUGUCAGAGGGAUGUUCAGGCUCUGUCCAAUUCUGUGAUUUGCCAAGGCUUGGCAGGGGGCGGAGCUGAGGCGACUCUGGCUUCACAGCUGAGGGAGAAGCAGAGUCACCUGGCAGCCUUGCUGAAGGAGCGAGAGGGACAUAGCACCACCUUGUGCCAGGAGGUCACCAAGCUCACCGCCGCCCUGCAGGACUACCAGACUGUUGUUGAGAGUCAGCAGGAGAACCAGGCUCGGACCACGUCCUCGCUGAUGGCUCAGCUCAAUGAUGCCAGGCGGGCGUUGCGUGGCGAAGAGAAGCGACGGAAGGAGGCGGACAGAACGCGGCAGAACCAGCGAGAGGAUUCUGAGCGAGUGGAGAGGAAACUGAGAGACAGCCUGGAGAAGAGAGACCAACUCAUAGAGCAAAUCCUCCAGGAUGCUGAGGAGCGGGACUGUCAGUUUGUGGAGCUGCAGCUCAACUUGCAGAAGAAACGUGACGAGCGCUUGUCGGCCGUCAAACACGCGCUGUAACGUCAGGAUGGCCGAGCGUCGCCGGAUGCCAAAUUAGCACUUUCAGCACCAGCUUUUACAGUACUGCCAAUAGCGUACUUGCUGUAUAAUGGUGGUGUGUUUUUAUAUUUAAUUCUGCAGGAUUGCACUUAGAGCUGCUGGGUUCUGGUACGACCCACAGAGAACUUGGAGCCUUGAGAGUCAGCUACUGCCGUUACGGAAAAGCUUGAUUUAAAAAAUGAGCACUUAUCACUCUAUGUACAGUCAUUGAUUUUUGAAUGUCAUUGGUCUCUUGAUGAAAUUCUGUUUGAUGCAGCCUUCUCUGAAUGAUCAGCUUCCUCUGUCUUUUGUCUUUUUUUUCGUUUGCAGUUGGGCACAAAAACAGUCUUUUUAAGAACUUUGCUCCUCUGCUUUCUGCUACUUCUGGACAUUUUUUUUGUGUUUUUUCUUGUAGUAUGUGGGACGUUCUAUUUUUAGCUCAAGAGAAUUAAAUACUCUGAUCCAAAUUAUAUGGCGUUGUCGUGUUUUUGUUAUUUUUUGUUUUGUUACAUGUAUGGAUAGAACUCCACUCCAAACUUCCUGUUAGUGGCGUCAUUGUCCCUCCUAUCCAAUCACCAAGCAGCUCGGGUUUCAAGUUACUUCUGGGUUGCUAUGCUACCACAACACUUUGCUGCAGGCAUAUAAAUUCUCAAAACAAUCAACAAGUGUCUUUUUAC